ACUUUGUGUCUCACUCACAGACUCUGACUCAGAAGAGGAAGAGUUGUCUAAGUAGACCUAGGGUAAAUCUGAAUAAGUUCCUCUGCUGCUUUUUCACCUCUGCGUUUUUUAAAUUGACUUUGAGUCUCAACAUUGUUCCAUUCAAGCUUUGUUAUUAAUUAGCCCAUACUUCAUCAUGGUCCUGCCGAACCUGUGUCAAGCUGCUCUUACAGUGCUCCACCAGAUCGAGCCGGUGAUCAUACUCGAGCAGCUGGGCAGCACUCUCUUCGACACUGCCCUGCAGAUGGUGGUCAAGGAUGAAUGUGCAAACGCCACCUACCCUGACACCCACCUCUCCAGGGAGGACAGCCAGCAGAAAGCCAUGUCGGACUUCUUCAUGACUUUCAACCUCAUCGUUAAGUUAGCUCCGAUUUUACCUGCGCUGUUACUGGCAAGGUUAGGCGACCGCGGCUGGAGGAGACUUCCCAUCGUGGUGCCUCUGUGUGGGUACCUGGUGUCCAGGCUCAUGCUGCUGCUGGUGGUCAUCUUCAAGCUCCCGCUGGAGGUGAUGUUCGGCGCGGCGGCGCUGUUCGGACUGUCCGGUGGGUUCUGCGCGUACUGGCCUGGCGUCAUGACGCUGGCGUCGCUCGCCUCAACGGCGGCUGACCGGUCCAAGGUGAUGAUGAGAGUGGAGCUGCUUUAUGGAGCAGCAGGUCUAGUGGGCAGCCUGGUGUCAGGUCAUCUCUUCCUGCUGUACAGCUCCAGUUUGGGAAACGGAACAGUCCUGCUCACUGUGAGCACACUGCUAGCCCUGCUCUGCCUCUUACAGUCCAUAUUCCUGCUACAGGUCAAACAAGAGUCUAACAAUGAGCCAGAAGACCACUACCAGCUCCUGUCUUCUGACUCCAGUGAUGGGCCUGCAGAGGCUCCUGCACGGGUGAACAGGGUUAACAUGGCUCUACUGUUCAUGGCUGCUACCCUGUACGUCUCUGCUGUGGGUGGAGCCCUUGAAAUAUUGGGCAUCUUUGUGAUGAAGGCGCCACUUGGCUGGACUGCCACUCAGGUGGGUUAUGGGAAUGCUGCAGGCUGCAUGAUAUUCGUCACCAGUUACCUCGGUGUCAUGGUGUUUCGUCGCUGCGUCAGUGACGUGAUGCUCAUCCUGAUCGGCAUGAUAUCAUUUGCCUCUGGAAUUUACUUCAUGUCCUUCGUCACUGCAACCUAUUUAUUCUACCUGGCUCGCUCACUCAACAUGUUUGCUCUCAUACCGCUACCAACCAUCAGAUCUCUGCUCUCACUGCAAGUUCCAGCAUCCUCAUGUGGCACGACUCUCACCCUCCUUCAGCUGUCUCUGAAGUUUGCUGGUCUGGUGUAUAUUCCUGCCUCCACCAAGAUCUAUCAGGCAACCCUGACCUGGUUCCCAGGCUUUGUCUUUUUACUUGCCAGCAUCAUAACAGUCCUGGGAAUGAUACCCAUCAGUAUAUUCGGCUGCAGAUCACCUCAGAGGCGACAGAAUGAGAGGAUUCAGGGAGACUGAUGGCAUUUGUAAGUCUGUGUUGUUGGAGGCAGACUAAAGUGAGAUAGAAAUGGACUCAAGAAGAAAAAUUUCCCUUGAUCCCACUUAAGAUGACAAAUUGAAAUACACCUCAGGAAGGUAGGAGAUGGACUCCUGCAGACUUUCGCUGUUACAGGAGGAACAGACAGAAAGUUCUGUGUUACAUUAGCAUUUUGUUUAGAUGAACACAAGUAGUGUGAUAAGUGUAAAUGAGAUGUAUGCAGGUCAACUGCAUGCAUGAACAUCACAGCAUGUAGUAUUUUGAUGAAAAUGUCAUAACUGUUGAAGGUUUGUGAAAAACCACUGACAUUUGUUUGAACUUCUUCAAAACACUCUUACUUACGUCUUCAACACACCCAAGCAGAUUACAACACAGUGCAAAUCUGUCAUUGUGAACGUGUCAAGACCAAGCAGCAAUCUCUGGUUUUAAAAUAUGAAACCAAUGUGGAAGUGAUAAAAACUGCAGUUACUUGAGUGUCCACUUGAGGCAAAAAAAACAAUUAUUACAGCAGA